ACAUGCUACGUGACGUUAUAUUUAAUGCAAAUGGUCAAGAUGAGAUCCCAGGAGUUUUUGAUGAGAGCAUUAAGCUGUCUACUUGUAAUCCCAGCUUUGUUAAGUGCAUCACCUCUGAUGAAAAUGAAAAAAUCAGCAGAUACUCCAUUUAGUAUUGGCUCUGCUCAAGCACAUGAUUUCUUAACAAAUUCACGACCCAAGAGAAAUGUUGACCCUAGGUGGUAUCGUGCCGAUCCAAACUUUCAGUCCUACUACCGUUUCUACAGCAGCAUUGGGCAUCAUGAGGGGAUCUAUGAGAUAGACAAAAUCAGGAUCCUGUACCAACAAAUGCGUUACUUGGAGAACGUUUAUGGUCCAGAUGCGUCCAGUUACCAGAAUGCCAUGGGUGUGCUCACCAGCACUGAAGCCCCCACCACCACCACCACCCAGCCUCCUCCACCUCCCACCACUCCAGCUCCCACACCGGACCCUCUGGCCAGUGCGCAAAGGAUCUACCUUUGCAAUCCCAAAGACCCUCUCUGUAAACCUCAGAUAGUGUACCUGCCGACAGGCGCUGUCCCUGUGCUCUGUGACCCCCGCUCUAACCCCGACUGUCGUCCCAGGACAGAGAAGGAGAUCAAAGCUGCAGCUCCAGUCCAGAAACCUGCUGCUCCUCCUGCUCCCAAAAAGACUGCCCCUCCUCCUCCGCCCCCGCCUCCUGCCGUCAGCAUCAAAGGUAUGGAGUACGACUGUGAUCCAUACUGGGACCCUGACUGCCUCAUUGACCACCCUCCACGGGCUGUAGUAGAGGCACCUGAGGCUCCAGCAGCUCCAGUGUUACCUACUGAGGGGGUCAAAAAGGAGGAGGUAAAAGCAGAAGAGAGUGCACCCCCAGCACCAGCCACAGAGAAAACUCUCUAUUCGUCCUUUGACCCAUAUGAUUUCAAACGUGAUCUUUAUGAUCCCUUUGCCUAUUCCAUGCCAGCAGCUGAGCCAGAGGAGUAAUUUCAGCAACUGUAAAAACCAACACCAAACCAUAAACUGUUUGCAUAUGCUCAUUCAGUGUGUCAGUAUAGAUACACA